AUGAAGAUUCAGCUUUUUUGGUUACUCACAACUACCAGCCUGGCCUUCGCAGGCUCCAACAGAAGAGUUACCUUGCCAGGAAUUGAGAGGCGUGGUGAAGCCUAUGUUAAUUGUAUAUCAUCUUUCAUGGAAGAUGCUGUAUCCAAUGUUAAAUCUAUCCUACCAUCCGCGGAACCUUGCAUUGCAGAAUUCGAGAUACAGAUUCACAGCUGUCUUGUUGAGUACGCAGAUCAACCCCGCGACGAUAGAACCAAAGACAUGGGGAAGUGCUUCGAGGAGCGGGUUCCUGUUCUCGGCAAGUGUAUGGAAUCCAUCCAAAUCCCUCUUGAUGGUCAGGAGAGUGCUCUCAAAAUAUUCUCAGAGGCUAGAGCGCAUAUGUUUAGUGAAGAUCCGGAGAUCGGCUGCGAUGAUAAACCCUGA